AUGGCCCCGGUCAAUGUCCGCGUUGAGGAUUCAGGCAAGAAUGCAACUUUGCCCGCAGAGGCUCCUGCAGCGUCAAGCGACCAGAUCGAGGAGCCCAAGACAAAGCCCAAGCCUGAUCAGCAGCCUGUGAAUGAGAAGAAGCCCCCGGUGGAGGUCCUUGUUCCUGUUGAGCAGCCUGACAAAAAGCCCGCUUUGCCUGCAGGUGUUCCUGCAGAUGUUCCUGACACGAAGCCCAAGCUUCAGCCGCAGCUUCUUGCUAACAAUGAGCCUCAGAGACCUGUCAAGGUUGAGCGGCCAGGAGGCACCCCUGCAGCAAGCGACCAGAUGGAGGAGUCCAAGCCUGAUCAGCAGCCUGUAGAUGAGAAACCUACCCCGGUUCCUGAUGCUAAGUCCGCUUUACCUACAGUUCCUGGAGCUCCUAAGCAGGAGCCGCAGCUUAAGAAAGAGACCUCCAUACCAAUCAAGGUUGAGAAGGCGGAAAGCUCUGCACGGCAGCGUGACAAACAGCGUGCAAAGAGACUUGAGAUCGCCAUGGAAGCUUCACCUGCAGACCAUGCAAAGAAAGUGUCCAAGCUCGGAGAAUACCUGAGUGCGCUGGAUCUUUGCUUGCUGGGCACGCAGUGUGGGGUGGAUACUCGGAUUUGCUUAGCAAUCAAAGUUGUGGUGGACACCGUGCACAAACCCUUGCCGAAAGUGGGGAGCCUGCCUAGCCUCAAGGACUACAUGACCGAUUUGAGUGGGCGCAGCUUUCCUGUUGACAUGUCAGGGACUCCAACUUGGAUCCUAGUGAGUACGAAUGCAGAAUACCGUCCAGACCAAGGAUUGAACCAUUGGGUUCCUGCAAUUGCCCGGGAUGAUGGAGGGUUGACGCACGAUCUCUUUGAUGCCUUGGCUUCUGUUGCAACCUCUGACGCGGACCUUCAAUCUGCUGAGCUUCAAGCAAAAUACAUCGAGUUGGGCAAAUCUGACGCCAAGACUGUUGAGGCCAAGGUUGUUGAGGCCGAAGACGCUUACCUCAAGGCUGUUGCCUGGCAUGCUUUCCUUCACAGGUGCCUAGACAGUGGAUUGCUACCGGUUCCAGUCCCAUGCGAUGGAAACUGUUUGCUCUGGGCAAUCAAAAUUUGUCUGCAACAGGAUUAUGACGGGGAACAUGUGAACGAUAAGAACCCCAAGGACAUGGCAGAAGUGGAGGGGAUGAGGAGCGACCUAUAUGAGGCAUGGAUGGAAGUGAGGUCGUGGGCUGUGUGGCAGGAUCUCUUCAGCAUUUUUGAGGAGAACUGGGAACCUUCCAAUGGUGCACAGCCCUCUACACCCCAAAAGACUUCGGCCGCUCCAGAAAUUCCAGAAAAUACACCUGUGAAGGGCCAGAACUUUGAGAAGAAAACGCAUACCAAAGGUGUUGCAAAUUGCAGCAUAGCUGCGGGAUGGCUGAGACGGCAGAAGGAGAUCAGAUUGGAAAAGCCUCCCCAUGCUGACGAUGCUGACCUUGAAGUUCCUGAAUCUGAAGCGCCAGAGCUUGGCAAGCAGAAAGUGAAGGUUCGAAACCGCUGCGGCCGCCGCAAGAAGCAGACUAAGGUAGAGAUGCAGAUGCAGGAUCUUCGGCAAUAUCUGUCCCGGCUUCGUGUUGACUAUGGUGCCUGGAUGUCAGCUCAUUGGGCAGCAACUGGCUCCAAGAAGGCAGGGUGUUGCUGUGACGGGAAAUACUCUGACUUCGUACGGAAGUUGGCCUCCUUACCUCCAGAAGAAUGUGACCAGAGUAUCCACUGCUCAGUUUGCAAGAUUUUCUUGUCGAAGGCCGGUUUUUCGCACGAAGACAAGCUGCGAUACUUCGAGAAAUCCAUGGAGGAAAAGGCGCAAGAGCCGCCAGAGCCUUGCCCUGUGGGUGCUGGUGAGACUGGUGAGCAGGCUGGCCAGAAGGAUGACAAGCAGGGUGAUGAGGCUGAGGAGGAUGCCCCUCCAGAGGACUUGAGCAUUGAUAUAUUG